AUGACAAUGCAAAGUCAGAUCUCGAAAUAUUACGAAAUUGAAUGCGAAAAUUCAAAAUUGAAGGAGGAAAAUUCUUAUCUAAAGUAUGUUGAACUUUGUAUUUUCAACCAUUUCAAGGGGUAGGAAACCGCAUUUGGGCCAAAAAUGGUAGCAAUUUCCGCACGCAAUACAAAAGUAUACAAAAUUUUCAAAAUUUGCUAGGCGCAUUUUACAACAUUUCGCGACCAAACUUUGCUAUUUUUCUCAUUUUAGUAUGGUCUUUCUAGCUGUGGUGAUUUAUUUGCAUCUCCUUGCCUAGUUUUAAAAUUAGUCCAUAAUGGGAAUUGUCUAUUCUUAUCAACCUUUAUCCCUCAUUUGACUGGAAUUUAUGAAGGGGAUUUUUAAUUAUGGGGGUUUCCCUUAUCCAGGGCAACAAACAAGAGUAAUGUAUUAUUGAAAGAGAAGCUGGAUGGUUGCCAAAAUAAACUAAAACGGGCGGAAGAACAACUGAAGAAUCUUUCUCAAGUCGAAGUUGAAUGUGAA